AUGGAGGACGAAGGGAGUUCAUUGGACGGUUCGCAACCGUUGCUGGCUGUGGCCCCGAUGAUUGCGGUCUCAAAUUCCCAUUUCCGGAACUUUAUGAGGCUUCUAACUCGGAAAACCACUCUGUACACGGAAAUGGUAGUGGACUCCACAAUUCUCCAUAACACUCACCACCUGGAUGACCACAUCGGCUUUGAUGAGUAUGAGCAUCCAGUUGUUUGUCAGCUAGGGGGAUCCAAUGCCGAUACCGUUUCUGAGGCAGCAACGUGGGUAGAAAGAACCGGCUACGAUGAAGUCAAUCUCAACGUUGGCUGUCCAAGCUGCAGAGUGGUUUCUAAGGGUUGUUUUGGCGCAGCACUGAUGAGGACUCCCGAAAAGGUCCGGGACAUUGUGUACCAGAUGAAAAGGCGUGUGCAAAUCCCAGUUACUGUUAAAUGCAGACUUGGCGUCGAUACUUUAGACUCUCCGGAAUUCACCCGAAACUUUGUUGAGGGAGUCGACCCCAAGAAGAACCGCUCCGUUCCACCUCUGCUUUACGACAGGGUCUUCGCCCUACAUGAUGCCUUUCCUAAUCUGCGCUUCUCCAUUAAUGGAGGUGUCACUAGCCUUGAACAGGCGCAUGAGUUACUGUCGGGGAAAUGGAGAGAAUUAAACGCAAAUGGAGCGAAAAGUGACACUACUUCUUUUUUGGAACAUAAGGAGAUCAAUGGCGGCCCAGGGCUUCAUGGCGCGUACUUGGACUAUUUAGAACGUUACGAGCAAAGCGCGAGGAAGCCGAAAAGUCCGUUCGUUCUGCUGAAGCCAGUUCUUGGAGUCUUAUGCGGAAUGCCAGGACAGCGUCAUUUUAGAAAUACAUUAGACACAAAAAUACGGUGUUCCACCCCAAAUGAGCCGGCGGUAGAGGCGCUGUUGCAGGCUAUGGAUGCUGUGGACAACGAGUUUCCAGGAGUUCUUGACUACCCCAUAAAUCUUGGAAAGAACCCGCAUUAUAGCGAAAUUACUUCGGUUGCUGAAAUGUCCUCGCUCUUGCGAUCCGCCAGCACGAGUGUCACGCAAAGAGCAGUGUUCACAGUACUAUCAUGCAAAGACUUCUCGCGAGGCCCGCUUGGCAUUUGCCACUGCUUGCUGGCCAUCUAUGCGGCCGGGGGAGGAAUAGGGGCAUCGCUCGCGAGUUCCGUUGGACCGAGGGGAACGCUUAUCGUCGCCUCGUCAAUUCAACUGUGCGGUUGCUUCCUUGCUUUCAGCCUCGAUGAAUUCAACGAGUUGUUUCACGCUUCAAAUGAACAACAAGAAUUCACCGUACCUUCGGUGAAAAAUGAGAUUCAGCGAUUCGGUUCCAUCGCUUCUCGCUGCGCAUCAAGCUGCCUCGUCAUGGUGUUUGGACUAUUGCCAAUCUUGAUGGCACGAUACGCCUUCACGCCUGUCGCCGUCAGCUUGUACCGGCUUACUCCGGCUCAAAGCAAUGUCUUAGUUACUGCCAUUGGGGCUUCUAUGAUUGGUAUGCAAUACGUUGUACUCUCAGCUUGUGCGGCGUUUCAUCCAUUCUUGCGCAGCCGCCGAAGGGUUAGAAGAGCGCAUUAUGCCCUUUCUGGUAUGACUAGAAAAAACCCCUGUCCGUUUCAGGCUUCUAUGCUUUCCCAACCUGCCGCUGGUUGA